CAUCUAGCAACAUUUUCAAGGGAUCAAAAGGUGGGAGGAAAGGAUCUCUGGUUUUACCGAAGCACUUCAGGUAAUUACGCGGCGGACACAAGUCAGCAGGUCAGUGUCGGUGGUUCGGUGGGUCAACAGGUAGCUAAGCGCCCCAGAUAUAAAUAAUCCUGGCCGAGAGCAACAGGACAUCAUUCACGGCUCAAGCUGCCAAGCAGUCACAGCUCGCUCUGUCACUCGAGUUACUCUGAUAUUUCAGUCUCAACCUCAAGAAAGAUAUAAUAUCUGGAAAUGGAAAGCCAACGUAAUAGCAACAACGUCAACCACCGACGCGGAGCUCGUCCGAGCGUGGGCUAUCUGCUUUUCCAGUACCAGAGCGAACUGACCCGCCGUCAUGCGGAACCCACGCGGCUGUCCCGCACCAAGAUCCACAUAAUCGAUGGCCUGGUAAAUCGCACCAUCCGCCACAUGAAGCACUGCAGCAUGGAGGAUCUGAAGGCCUGCAAGCGGGAGUUGGUCUACAAGGAGCAGCUGCGUGAUCAACUGAAGAACAUGCGACGCAAACGAUCCUCAUCCUCCUCCUCCGCGAAUGGCAGUAAAAAUAGUGCAGCGAACACCAAGGAAAAUACUCCACCCAUUGUCAAGGCGCCAAGUACUCCACCGAAACCGAAACCCCGAUCCUCCACCUCCGGCAAGCCACCCAGGAUGGACAUCUUCGGGCCAGAGAUCUUUGUCUAAGUCCAACUUAUUCCAUUGCAACCUUAAAUUCCUUAGCUAAGCACGAAAUUUUACCUUAAUUGUUGACGAUUAAAAAUCAUGAACAUGAUA